AUGGAUGGUUUGCAAGGAUCCAGUACGAACGUUAACCGGAAACGGAGGAGCAAUUUCCUGACGCUGGUGGAGAAGGUUCGCAUAAUUGAAGAUUUUGAAGCAAGAGGUGGUACGCAUGACUUUCUUGGGAAGAAGUACGGCGUAGGAUCUUCUACAGUCACGAGAAUAAUCCAAAAGAAAGAAGCAAUUCGUGAGGCGGUGGACAAGUUCAAGGAAUAUGGUGUAAAUAAUCGAAAAACAUUGAAAGAGCAGACGUUCCCUUUGCUGGAAGAAGCUCUUUACAUCUGGAUUUUACAGCAGCGGCAGUCCAACAUUUUGUUGACAGUGGAUAUUCUUAAAGCAAAGGCGGAGCUGCUGUUUAAGAUGUUCCAGGACCGGGAGCUCUAUGCGGUGCACGGUUUUUCUGCUUCGGAUGGCUGGAUGCAUCGUUUUAAGCAGCGGUUUGGAUUGCGCGUGAAAGCCGUAACAGGAGAAAAGGCAUCGGUAAACGUUGAAGCGUACCUAAAUUUCAAGAAGGUUCUACAGAAGAAGAUUCAGGAAAUGCAGCUAUCACUAUCCCAAGUCUUUAAUGCAGAUGAAUCUGCCUUGUUCAUCAAGCUCCUAGCCACACGCUCUGUCGUUACCUGUGAUGAGACCGUGGCAAGCGGACGGAAGCAAAACAAGACAAGGUAUACGUUUAUGCCUUACUCCAACAUAGAUGGUUCCCUAAAGCUUCCGUUGUAUUUCAUUUGCACUGCUGCAAAACCACGAGGAAUCAACAUCGAAGAACUUCCCGUUUCAUAUAAUCAUUCCAAAAAGGCUUGGAUGACCAGACUGUUGUUCCGUCAAUGGUUCCACGAAGAGUUUGUCCCCGCUGUUCGAAAAUUUUCGGCCGAGAGAGGAUUGGAGCCAAAGGCAUUGCUGGUUCUUGUUAAUUGCACCAGUCAUUAUGACGUUGACGAAUCUCUACAGAGUGACGAUGGACUGAUUCAAGUGAUCUACCUCCCACCAAAUGUAACUGCUGAAUGCCAGCCGAUGGACCAAGCGGUCAUCAAUGCAAUCAAGCGAUAG